AUAUGUAAGAAAAAAUGUUGACUGAUAAUGCAGGACUCAAGCUUCUAACUGAGGCUAAUCUAACAGAAGCAGCACCUUUUCGAUAAAACAACUAAGUUUAAUCUUUAGGAAAUGAAUCAAUCAUAAAGUACUAAAGAAGGUUAACAUUAAAAACAGAACGCAAAAAUCGCUAUAGAGAUUAAUUCUGUGAUAAUCUUAAAGCAAAAUCCUUUAGACAUAAUCGUAUUUCAGAAAAAUAUUUAUAAUUUGUUGGAGACAAAACCUUCUUUCCAAAUUCUUCUACCUUUAACAUUACCAUUAUGCAUAAAAACUUUUCAUUGCAGUUAGAAAUGAAGUUUUUCGAAAAGAUCAAACAGUUUUUUUCUAAAUAUAUAAACAUGUUAGUUUAAUGUCUGAAAUAGAUAGAACUUUUUCAACCAGAAUCACCGAUAAAAUUAAUAUGGGAUUCAGCAUCCUUGGUUUCAAGAUUGUAUUUUUUAUUUCUUAUUCCUUUGGAUAUUGCAUGGAGUAAAUAUUCAUUUAUGUUUGAUAUGUAUAAUUUGACAUCCUUUAUAUUUUAAAUGGUUCUUUUAGGUGAUCUUAUAGUUGGUUUAAAUACUGCAUUCUAUUAAUAAGGAUAAUUAGUGACAGAUAGAAAAUAAAUAGUUUAUCAUAACUUUUUAAAAUGUUUUGGUUUAGAAUGGACUUCAACAAUAUAAUUACUGGUCUAUUAAAUAUUGACACAAGAUCCGUUGAUAACAUAAUAAAUCAAGGAUUAUAAAAUAUAUCUUACUCUAAUUACCUUUUUAGUUCAUUAUAGUACCAUAUAAGAAUGCUUAGAAUAUUAUGAGGAAGGACUUAAUUUAAGUAAGAAAGCCUCAUCCAUAAUAGAACUAAUUAAAUUAAUUGCUGUCUUAUUUUUUAUUAUACAUAUGUUCUCAUGCUUUUGGUUUUGGGUAACUUUAUUAUACAUACUAGGUUGGUGAAUAUAGUCAUAAUAAUUAUGGAGUCAGUUGGUUGGAAGACCUAGUAGAUUAAGAUUGGGAGAUUUAAUAUUUAUCUUCAGUCUAUUAUUCAACAGUUACUAUGUUUACUAUUGGAUAUGGAGAUGUCCUUCCUUAAAGUAAUUUAGAAAGAAUUGUUUGUUGUUUAUUCAUUAUUAUGGCCAGUUUAUAAUUACCUUAUAGUAUCAAUACUGUUGGAGCAAUCAUUUCAUAAAUUAGUGAAUAUGGAGAAGAUAAAAAACGUAAACUAAGAAUUAUUAAUUCAUAUUUGCAAAAAAAAAGAAUACCAUUUUAAUUAUAAAGUGAAAUCCGCCAAUAUUUAAAUUACUAUUGGUAAUUAAAUAAAGAAAAAGAUGCAGAAGAAGCAGAUUAAAUGAUUAAAUAAUUAUCAGAAAAUUUAAGAGAAAGAUUAAUAUAAGAAUCUAAUUCUGUUAUUUUAAAUUAAUGUGCUCUAUUUCGCUAUCGUUUUACUCCUGCCUUUAAAAGGGAAAUUAUCAAAUCUUUAAAAACUAAAAUUCUAGCACCAGAAACUAUUAUUGGAGAUAAAAAAGAAUUAAUAUUUAUUGAAUCAGGAAUUAUUGAUAUGUAUGGAGAUUAAUAAUUUAAUUUAAAAUUACACACUUUCUCUGCUAGCCAAACUAUAGGUCUUAUUCCAUUUAUAUCAGGUAAUUUACAACCUAAUACUUAUAAAAGUCAAGGUUUUUGUUUGGUUAUGACAUUAUCACAUAGAAAGUUCAAAAAUACUCUAAAAGAUUUCCCAAAUGAUUAUGAAAUCUAUUGUUAAAUCAAAGAUUAUUUAUUAUUCAAUGGAAACGAAACUACUAUUUUCCCAAGAAGAUGUUAUGCUUGCUAAAGUUCAGCUCAUUAUUCAUAUGAAUGUCCAAUUACACAUUAUGUACCUGAUAGAGAGAAAAUAAUAAAAAAGCAAUCCAUUUCAUCAUUCUAAUAAAGAAAGCUGAUUCCACGUUAAGAAUAGAAGAGAGCUCGACAUCCUUCAAAGAAGAUUUCUUUAUAGUCCUUAACUAAAGCUGCAUUCAUUGUUUAAUAAGAAAAUUAGAACAUUGUUAAGAUAUAUGAUUCCCCUUAUGUUAUUGAGGAUGAAACUAAAAUAAAUAGUUUGGAUUAAUAUAACAAUUUAAAGAAUAAAUCUAAAAAUAGUAAAGAGACAAGGGAAAAAUUGAUGUCUAACUUUAGACAUUUAGUGAAAAAAAUUACAUUUAUAGAUAGAUAUUAUCCACAAUUUUUGAUGAUUGUGUUAAAGAAGUUCAGACAUGAUUAGAAUUAUUUUAGUCAAUAAUCUCAGUUGAAGCAGUUAUAAAUUAGAUAUGAUCAUCUAAAAUAAAUACAAGGAAUAGAUCCUGAAAUAUUGAAAAAUUUAGAGGUUGCAAUAAUAUAAAAUUCAGAUUAUGAUUUUUGUAAAAACAAUGAAUUUGAUACCCCAAAGAAUUUCAUACAUUACAAUUCAAAGUUUAAUUUUAAUAAUAUAAAAUUAAAAAUAGAUAAGGCAAAAUUAAGAUUCUUCAAUGAGUUUUAGAGAUAUUGUUUGCACCCAAUUUUAAUAAUGUAAAAAUUCCAUACAACAAAGAUAUCUUAAGAUUUAAUCACACAUAAAAGGAGAAGGAAUGUAUUCAUUUGA